CGGCCGCACGCCGGGGAGCCAGAGAGGGUACGUCCCAGCAGCAGCACCCUGCACUGCCUGAGUCCCUCACUUUUCCCACGUGUCAUGCUGUGUACUCCUGUGGAUUUCUGGACACUCCACUGAACCCCUGGAGGUCCAUGAAUAGUGCUGUGCUCUCCCUGGGGAAGGGUCAGUGCAGGGACAAUCCCAACCACUCUCCUUGCUGCCCGGCGCCAUUUAGAAAUGCGGAUCGGAGGUAGGAUCAUUGCAGCAGCAUGAGCCCAGCCAUUCUACUCCCGAGGCAGCGCUGGGCUGGCGCUAGAGGAGCUGUCAGCGGCGCCGGGAGGUGUGACAGCAGUGGAGGAAGGUAGCUGCCAAAACAUCACCGCUGACCGCACUUCCUGUCUCCCGGUCCCCGCACCACACUGUCUGGCUCCAGUCUCCUGCACCGCAUUGCCAGUCUCCUCUGGCCCCCGCACCGCGCAAUCUGGCUGUCGUCCCCCUCACUGCACUGUCUGGCUCCCGCCCCCCGCACCGCACUGCCUGUCUCCCAGCUCCUGCAUCGCGCAAUCUGGCUGCCGGCCCCCGCAUCGAAGUGUCUGGCUCCGCUCCCGCCCCAUGCACAACCCCGUCUGGCUCCUGGUCCCCACACAGCAUCGUCUGGCUCCCGGCUCCUGCGCUGCCUGACUGUUGGCUCCUCCUGCACCAUGCUGCCUGUCGGUCCCUGCACUGCGCUGUCUGGGUCACGGCCCCCGCACUGCACUGUCAGGGUCACGGCUCCCGCACCAUGUUGUCUUGCUCCCGGCCCCCUACAGCCCCGUCUCACUCCCGGCCCCGCACAGCACCGUCUGGCUGUCGGCACCUGCACCGCGCUGUCUAUGUCACGGCUCCCGCACUGCACUGUCAGGGUCACGGCUGCCGCACCAUGUUGUCUGGGUCAUGGCCCCCACAUCGCGCUUUGUGGGUCAUGGCCCCCACAAUGCAUUAUCUGGCUGUUGGCCCCCGAUCCCCAUAGCAUGCUUCGGGGACAGACCAAAGAAGAGGAGGCGGAUUGCUUUGUCUGGAGCCAGGGGAUCUGCUGAGUCUGGAGAGCUGAUACCUGAGUCUACCUGCUCCAGACAAUGCUCAGAUGGCCAGGUGAAGAUAAUCAAAGACUUCCAAUCCUGCUGCUUUGAAUGUACUACAUGUCCUGAAGGAACCUAUGCAAAUUCUACAGAGUGCACAUCAUGUCCUGCCGGCCAAUGGUCCAUGUCAGGAAGUAUAACCUGCCAGCAUCCCACUUUUCUCUUUCUAACAUGGCAAAACUACUAUGUUAUUGCUCUCCUUGGAUUCAUGGGACUAAUCAUAUGCCUUAUCUUCUCAGCCAUGGUAAUCUUAUUCCAGCACCGUCAUACUAUUCUAUUUGUUGCUUCUGGUGGGCUUCAAUGUUUCAUUAUCCUACUUGGUCUGCUAGGUAUGUGUGUCUCUAUCAUUUUUUACAUUGGAAAACCCUCCGACUUAAAGUGUCUUCUACAGCAGCCCUUGCUGUCCCUGAGUUUUACCACAUUACUGGGACCCAUACAGGUGAAAUCCAUGCAACUUCUGUUUUGUUCUCUAUCAAGAAGAUCAUGUCUGUACAAACUGAUACACCCGGGCAGGUGGAUCACCUUACUUUGUACUUUGCUGGGUCAGUUUCUCUUCUGUGCUAUGUAUGUGAAGUCAACCCAACCCUUCUCAGUGGACGUGUCAUCCUUAGAUGUGAGUUCAUUAGUUAUUUAUCUUAGUUGUAAAUACGAGCCAUUGCUACAGUUCGGUUUGAUGUUUGCCUACAAUGGGCUCCUAGUCUUGCUUUCUUUUACAUGUUCCUUUAUGGCUGAGAAACCAGUCCAUCAGUAUUAUAUGGCAAGAGAUAUAACUCUAGCAAUGCUCACUCUAAUUCUGGCCUGGAUAAUUUUCAUUCCCACCUAUGUCAGUGCAAGUGCUGCCUACAAAUCUCCCAUUCAGAUGUGUUUUAUUCUUAGCAGCUGUCUGGGGGUUUUGUCAACCAUUUUUUUCCCCAAAUGCUAUCUUCUUAUCUAUAAAAAGGAGUUAAACAGCAGUGAGUAUUUUGGGACAUACAUUCCAACGAGACAAGAUGAAAAGGCAACAGAAUGAAGACGCAUGUUGUGUUUCAUGCAUAAAAUAUAAUGUAUUCUAAAAAACAUGCAUGAUUUGAUAUUUUCUUAAUAAAAUAAACAAUGUUGCCCCAUGA